AUGAGGCUCCUUCGUCGCUCUCUGCUACCCGCACUCCUCGCCGGCUCCGCGCUCCUGCUCCGCGACGGUAGGCUGCUCCGCUGCUGGUGGUGGCUGCGGCAACGCUGGCUCCGAAGCUUUCUUACGGAGACGGACGUGGUCGACCCAGAGCGCUUGCGCCGCAUCGGUGGUGUUGACGUGUCGUUCGUCAAGGGCAGCGAGACCGACGCUUGCGCGGCGCUGGUCGUCCUCGACGCCGCCACGCUUGAGGUCAUCCACACGUCGUGCCGCCGCGUCGUGCUCACAGCGCCGUACAUCCCCGGCUACCUGGCCUUCCGCGAGGUCCGCUUCCUGCUCGAGCUGCUCGCAGAGUUGCGUGAGGCGGCGCCGCACCUCUACCCCGACGCCAUCCUCGUCGACGGCAACGGCGUCCUCAGCGGCGUGCCGACCAUCGGAGUGGGCAAGUCGCUGCACCGCGUCGACGGCCUCACCAAGGGGACGGUGGCCGCUCUCACGGCGCAGCUCGACCGGCGCGCGCCCUCUGGCGCGCUGCUGCGCACGUCCGAGCCGGCAAGCGCCGCGGGCGGCAUUCGCCCCGUCGUCGUGUCGGUCGGGCACGGCCUCUCCCUCCCGUCGGCCCUCGACGUGGUCCGCCGCUGCUCGAGGCACCGCAUCCCCGAGCCAGUGAGGCAGGCGGACUUGCGCUCGCGGGAGUGGCUCAGGGAGCACGGGGCGGCGGCGGAGGAGGAGGGCGGGUAG